AUGUCAAAAUUUUCUCUGCAGGGCCGCGUCGCCGUUGUCACUGGUGGUGGCAGGGGUUGUGGGUUUGCCUUUGCCCAAGGUCUCGCUGAAGCGGGAGCCGAUGUUGCCAUCUUCGACUUGAUCGAACCAGAGCCCACCACCUUUGAGCAGCUCUCUACAGCGAACGGCAUUCGAGCAAAGGCAUACUCUGUUGAUGUGACGUCGCUUUCAAGCUUGGAGAACGGGUUCGCAUCUGUUGCGGCUGACUUCGAUGGCAAGCUUGAUAUUUUCGUCGCUUGUGCUGGUGUGAACAAGAACGUGGAAUUUCUUGACACUGAAGAGGCAGAUUUUGACAGACUUUAUGGUGUUAACUGUAAGGGAUUAUAUUUCUCUGCCAAGCUUGCUGCGAAGGCUAUGAUCUCCAACGGCACCAAAUGCGGCAGCAUUAUUUUCGUCGCGAGCAUAGCCUCUCAUAUCGCCAUUCGUUCACAGCGCUCUACUGCCUACUGCGGCACAAAAGGGGCCGUUAGAGCUAUGGUGGCACCUAUCGCUGCCGAACUGAACAAAUACGGCAUCCGAGUCAACUCGAUCUCGCCCGGCUAUGUGAGAACCGAGAUGACCGCGCCUUUCCCCCAUCUUCUGGAGAGCUGGAAGGAUGAAAUCAUGAACGGUCGUGUUGCGGAGCCAGAUGAUAUCAAAGGUGCAUGUGUCUUUCUAGCCAGUGAUGCUAGCAGGUAA